CCCUCUGGGUGGGGUUUCCCUUACAGCUGCUGCGAUGCUGGGACUCCUCUCCGCGCUCCCCUGCCUGCUUCUCCUCUCCCUGCCGGGCAUCAGCUCUGGCUCCGAUGACGACAGCACCGUGGUGCUCACCACCAGUGGCCCCAUCCGGGGCAAGCGCCUCCAGGCCGGUUCCGGCACAGUGACGGCCUUCCUGGGCAUCCCCUACGCCGAGCCCCCCGUGGGGGCCUUGCGCUUCCAGAAACCGCUUCCCCACCAGCCCUGGAGCCACGUCCUGGAGACCACCGGCUUCGGCAAUGUCUGCCACCAGCCUCCGCUUACUGGUUACCCUGAUGCCGAAACAUGGACACCCAAAAGGCCACAGUCUGAGGACUGCCUCUUCCUCAACAUCUGGGUGCCCCAUCCCCGGCCCCCCGCGCCGGCCCCCAUAAUCGUCUGGAUCCACGGCGGGGGGUUCUACUCAGGUGCAGCCUCCGUCGAUGUCUACGACGGGCGCUUCCUAGCCACCACCGGGAACGCGAUAGUGGCCUCCAUGAACUACCGGCUGGGGGCGCUGGGCUUCCUGUCUCUGCCCCCAGCCACCCCGGGGAACGCCGGCCUGUGGGACCAGCGCCUGGCGCUGCACUGGCUGCGGGACAACGCAGCCACCUUCGGAGGGGAUCCGGCCCGUUUCCUCCUUUUCGGCCAUGGCUCUGGGGCUGCGUCAGUCGGCUUCCACCUCCUCUCCCCAGGGAGCCGGCCCCUCUUCACUCGUGCCGCGAUGCAGAGUGGAGCCCCGACAGCACCCUGGGCCUGGAUUUCACUCAAAGAGGCCCAGGAGAGAGGCCGGAGGCUGGGCCACCUGCUGGGCUGCACCGAUAGCGAUGACACCGCCCUGGUGGGCUGCCUGCAGGGGAAGGAAGCAGGGGAGUUCCCCAAACAUGAGUUCUCCAUCUUGCACCACAGGGAGCUGCUGGGGUUUCCCUUUGUGCCGACACCAGAUGGGGAUUUCCUCCCUGAUACACCACCAAGACUCUUGCAGGCUGAGCACGGACAGCCUAUGCCUAUCAUGGCUGGUUUCAACACCAAUGAAGGCUCCCACAUGCUAAUCUUUGGUGCCCCCAGCCUCAACCUGAAGAACGCCAGCAAUGUCGGCUGGGAGGAGCUGCUGCAGGUGGUGAGGCUCACAGUGCCAGGAGCCCCAGAAGAGGCCGUCUGGGCCGUGGCACAGCGGUACAGCAAGGAAGGGGAGAGGCACGGCAAGGCACGAUACCGAUGGGCCAUGGAUCAAAUCGCUGGUGACUACCUCUUUGUGUGCCCGGUAGCUGAGGUGGCUGGGCGGGAGGCGGAGGCCAAUAGUUCCGUGUACGCCUACUACUUCACCCACCGCAGGAGCAGCUUGUCUACACCUGAAUGGACGGGGGUGCCGCACGGCUCUGAGCUGCGCUACCUGUUCGGGACCCUGGCGUCCGUGGGAAAAGCCAACCACACGCACACGGAGGCCGAGGCAGCGAUGAGCCAAAGGAUGAUGCAGUCCUGCGGCAAGUUCGUCAGCAGCGGGAACCCCACGGGGAUAGGGGGCAGCGGGAAGCAGUGGCACCCCUACGACCCCACAAAGCAGAACUUCUUCCGCAUCGGACUGGAGCCGCCCCAAGUCAAGGAGACGUCCCCUGCCCACCGCUGCAGCUUCUUGGCAUCACUGCUCACAAGGAAGCCGAGCCCUACUGGUGAGCAUCAGAGGGCUGAAAGGACAGCAGCCCUAGAGGGGAAAGGCCUCGUGUCUCCCCACCGCUCUGAGCCAGCCAAUCCCCACUAUCCCUGGGGCUGGAUUGGAGCUGGUGCCCCGUAG